CGACUGAUCACAGCGAGCUUUACUUACCACGCUUACGAUUCUCCGGUUUCUCUUUCUUGAAUCGGAUUUGACUGCAAAGUAUUUGGCGCUUUCUACAAGUAUUUGUCAGCAAACGAGGGAAAAACAUUUGAAAAAAUUGUCAAGCAGCAACCGUAUAAGUAGUAUUUUUGUAUAAGCUUGAGAAAAUGGUUAGGACAGAAACAUUUCUUCGUCCGAUCGUUCUUGUUAUGGCUGCUUAUACCUUCACGGCGUUGGCAGAUCAGGUUAUGAGCGACACAGCGCCAAUUCACAAGAAGGGUUAUUGCGUGUGGUAUGGUCAAUGUACGACUGGACCCAAAGCUAAGAACUGUCUGUAUAACGGACCGGCGAAACCUUUGACCGAUCCCAAGGGUUUGAAGGUGCUGAACAGCUUAUGCCCUGAAUUUAGGGGUCAACAUACUUGCUGUUCGACAAAACAGUUGGAUGCUUUGUCCAGCAAUUUAGACACCAUGGCGCAGCUGACAACUCGCUGCCCUGCCUGCUGGAACAACAUGAGAAGAUUGUACUGCCAGCUGACUUGCAACCGCGAUCAGUCCAUGUACAUGGACCCCAGGACGGUCGAUAAUUAUACUGGUCCGGUUAAAAUAACGCAGAUGAACUACUAUGUUUCUCCUACCUUCAAGCAAGGUCUCUUCGACUCUUGCAAGGACGUUAACUUUCCAGGGAAUAACGAGAAAGUGCUGAAUUUGCUUUGUGGGCCGACGUCAGCCGGGAAGUGUACCGCGGAAUUGCUGCUGAGGUAUAUGGGAAAUACCGCGAAUGGAUUCGCGCCGUUCGACAUCUUUUACCCAUCGCUGCCCAGAAACUCUACCAUGUCUCCGAUGAACAUAACUGUUUUUAAAUGCAACAAGCAGUUUAUCGACCCCCAAACGAACAGGACAGCGAGCCCUUGCAGCUGCCAAGAUUGUGCGGCAUCCUGUCCCGUCCGUCCCACUCUCCCACCCCAACCAACGCCUCGCAAAAUCUUAGGACUCGACCUUCUCUCAUUCAGUCUUUUGGUAGCCUACAUAGGAUUACUGGUGAUUUUCUUUCCAGUCAGUCUUAUUUGUGCAAUGAGAAAGAAGCAGAAAAGUUAUGCAUUGGUGCCUGAUAAUGCGCAGGCCAACCUCAAGUACAGUGGUGGCUCCUACCCCCCUGUAACAAGCUCCUCCGUACCAGUUAUGGUAGACUCUUCACCUGGACUGUGUGAACGGUUGGGAAGCAAAAUGGAGUCUGUGCUCCGUCACAAGUUUACCAAGUGGGGUGUUUACUGUAGCACCCAUCCAUUUCUUGUCAUGGGCGGCUCUCUUUUAGUUGUAGCAGCUUUAGCAUGUGGUCUCGUCCGAUUCACUGUAACUACUGAUCCUGUGGAGCUGUGGUCUGCACCUAACAGCAUAGCACGGAAGCAAAAAGAUAUCUUUGAUUCCAAGUUUGGCCCUUUCUAUCGCACAGAGCAGCUUAUCAUCCGGUCCACCUAUCCCACACCUGCUGGUUACAAGAGAUAUGGAGAUCAAAAGUUUAUUCCAUUUGGCCCAAUCUUUCAUUUGGACUUACUAAAUCAGGCUUUGGACCUUCAGAAUCACAUCACCAACAUGAAGGUUCCUUUUGAGGGUUCCAACAUCACUCUGGAAGACAUCUGCUUUCAGCCACUGGCACCACAAAAAAACAAGUGUACCAUCCAAAGUAUCUUCCAGUAUUUCCAAAACAGCAAAACCAAGCUCAACAAAUGUAUCACCAGUCUCAACUACAACUGUUCCAGUCCACUCGGGAAACUUGACUUUCGUAAGGGCGAUUUUCAUGAUCAUAUCUUACUGUGUACAAGUUCUCCAACGUCCGUCAAUGACACCAAAUUAAAUGAACCAUGUCUUGGUGCAUAUGGAGGCCCUGUGAAUCCAAAUAUUGCAUUAGGCGGCUUUGAUGGUACUGCCUAUGAGAAUGCUACGACCAUGAUUAUUACUUUUGUGGUUAACAACUACCAAGAGAAAAGCAAACUCGCCAAGGCAAUGGCUUGGGAAAAGGCCUUUCUGAAGUACAUGAAAGAUUAUGUCCGGAACAGCUCCAACGCAAAUCUCACAAUCAGUUUUUCAGCAGAGCGUGCUAUUCAAGAUGAGUUGGAUCGUGAGAGCAACACUGACAUCAUCACCAUCUUUGUCAGCUAUAUGAUCAUGUUUUUAUACAUCACAGUCGCUCUUGGACAGUUCAAGAGUUGCAGCAGAAUUUUGAUCGACUCUAAAAUUACUUUGGGAUUCAGUGGUAUCCUGAUUGUGUUAUUCUCGGUUGUGGCAUCACUUGGUUUUUGGAGUUACAUCGGUGAGCCUGCAACACUCAUUAUCAUUGAGGUGGUUCCUUUCCUUGUCUUGGCUGUGGGCGUGGACAACAUCUUCAUUCUGGUACAGGCAUACCAGCGUCAGAACAAUUACAUUGACGAUGAUGUCCCUCACAAAGUCGGACGAGUGCUGGGUGAAGUAGCACCUAGUAUGCUUUUGACUUCUCUGUCAGAGUCGGUUGCCUUCGCACUGGGUGCAAUGUCUACAAUGCCUGCAGUUCGAAUAUUUUCCUUGUAUGCAGCAGCGGCAGUGUUUUUUGACUUCCUGCUACAGAUUACAGCUUUUGUAGCUCUGUUGUCUCUGGAUUCCAAGCGUCAAGAGAACAACCGCUUGGAUGUGCUUUGCUGCAUCAAGGAGCCUAAGUACAACACCCCAAGUGAUCAAAUGACGUGUGUGUAUACUUUUAUGAAGAGCUAUUUUGCAGAAGCUUUGCUUUCAGAUUUUAUUAGGCCAAUUGUGAUUGCCCUUUUCACUGGAUUGCUGUUUGCAAGUAUUGCUGUUAUCCCAAAGAUUGAUGUAGGUCUUGAUCAAGAGCUUGCACUACCCAAGGACUCUUUCCUCCUCAAAUGGUUCAAAGAUAUGAAAGACUACCUACAUGUUGGUCCUCCAGUGUACUUUGUGCUGAAUGAUGGGUAUGAUUAUGAACAUCCCAAGGGACAGAACAUGAUCUGCGGCUCAGCUGGGUGCAAGGCAGAUUCACUGGUACAGCAAAUCUAUGUUGCUUCACUGUUACCUGAAGAAUCCAAGAUAGCCGUGUCAGCAUCCUCUUGGUUGGACGACUACUUCAGCUGGGUAGCACCCAACGGUCAAGCCAGUUGCUGUCGUAUGAAGUACAUGAAGAAUGAAACAUGCUUCUCAUCAACAGUCAAGCCACCUGGUGGUAAUUCAACAACGCCUGUGCCUAAAAUGAUCUGUUACAACAAAACGUUGCCUGUCUCACCUCAUGUAUUCUGUAAUGCAACAGUUGAUGAUCCAUUGUGUUUACCAUGUCUUAAUGCAAGCCAGAAGGGAGAAAGACCUACUCCAGAGCAGUUUGAUAAAUACCUGCCUUUUUAUCUCAAAGACAACCCAGAGACAAAAUGCACCAAAGGUGGCCAUGCAGCUUAUGGACACGCCCUUCAGUUAGAUGUAGGUGUCAAAAAAGUUCCUGGACGUUCCUUUGAAGUUUCUAACGCAGUUUUCUUUGUUGUUUCAGCUGCCAUCUUUGUUGUCACUUUUGUUCUUAUGGGAUUUAACUUGAGUAUAGCUGUUAUCGUGACCUUCACAGUGGCUAUCAUUAUUGUCGACCUGCUGGGUCUCAUGUACAUAUGGGAUAUCUCUCUCAAUGCCGUGUCGCUGGUUAACCUUGUCAUGGCUCUUGGUAUAUCAGUUGAAUUUUGCUCACACAUUGCACGGGCUUUCGCUGUGAACAGACAAGACUCUAGGGUAGAAAGAGCGAAAGAAGCUCUAGCAAAAAUGGGCAGCUCUGUGCUGAGUGGAAUCACGCUAACCAAAUUUUCUGGAAUCUUAGUGCUUUACUUCUCAAAGUCUCAAAUAUUUCAGGUUUUCUACUUCCGUAUGUAUGUUGGCAUAGUUAUUUUAGGUGCUCUCCACGGGCUGUUAUUCCUGCCGGUCCUUUUAAGUUACGCCGGCCCAGCGCCCCGUAAAGUGGCCCCCAUCGACGCGUCAGAUAGUUCCUCAACCAAUUCUGAGCGAGCUCCGUUAGUAAGCGUCUUCUACUUUCGCAUGUAUCUUGGAGUCGUGUUGAUCGGAGCGCUGCAUGGACUGAUUUUUCUACCUGUGCUUCUAAGUUACGUCGGACCGCUGUCGUCCAGGUCGGUAACACUGGUCGACGAAUCUUCCAUGAGACCUCAUUUCUUAGAAGGUACAGAGGAGAGGCGACCGCUCCUUGGCCAAGACCGCACGACAAUUCAAUGAAAUUACAAUGUUAAUAAAUUAUGGGACAUAAAUGAUCCAUUGUGCCGGGCUAUUAACGUUUAAAAUAAUAUCUAAUCAAAUUAAAUGCGAAAAAAAAAAAAAAACAAUAAAGAAUUGUAUACUAGGAAAAGACGCGUAAAAUUUUGUAAGUGGUUUUUGCUGAAGUGUAGUGUUAACUCUGUUGGACUUGUUAGUUAAAGAAAUAAAGCUGCUGGCCUUUUAUC